AUGGCGCUGGCUGCUAUAAUUCGUGCAGCCAAUCGGCAAAAUAAAUCCCUUGAUUUGUCACGAAAGGAUUUGGAUCAAUGUCCGUCAUUGAUCGGACAGUUGACCAAAAUCGAAGAGAUUAAAUUAACGAAUAAUCGACUGACUGAUCUACCCAAAGAAAUGUGUCUCUUAAAUAAGUUACAACUGUUAAAUAUUGGUGGCAAUAAAUUUGCUGUUCUUCCCAUCAAUCUUCAACAUUUUACAAAUCUCAGGUCAUUAAUUGCUUACAACAACAGAAUCGAGAUUCUGCCUCCAAUUGUUUUAAACAGCUUGAAAAAUGUGACGCUCCUAAAUUUAAAUAAUAACAACUUGAAACAGAUUCCAGCUGAAAUAGGACGACUUAAAAAUCUUCAAAAUUUUAGUGUUGACCACAACCAACUUGAAGAACUUCCUUUUGAACUUUGUUAUUUAGAACGGCUGGAAAAUUUACAUUUGGGUUAUAACCAUUUGAUCUCUCUUCCUGAAGACCUGGGACAGCUUUGGAGACUGAAGCGACUAAUUCUUCAUAAAAAUUGCCUUCAAGAAUUACCAGCAAGUAUAACCAAUUGUGGCAAUUUAACUGUCCUGGAUGUUGCCUCAAAUGAAUUGCGAACAUUCCCACCCGAAUUUGAAACUUUACCUUUGAAGCAAUUCUAUUAUGAAUGCAACCCACUUCUGCAACUAAGACCAGUUUCUUCUGUACAAGAAGAGGAAGUUUUCGCCCUGAAAGAAACUGUUGCCAGAUACAUUAUGAAUCAGAUGAAAAAUAAUUAUCCAAAUCUUUGGCACAUGAUCAUCACAAAUCCAGAAAGCAGAACGAUCCUGAAUGAAGGCAGUCAGUGUGCAGUUUGUAAAAACUUUCUUCUCAACACAUGGUUAGAAUGUGUCAAAUUUGUGGCAACACCCCAAAAAGGUUUUAAGACAUCGUCAACCACAGAUCUGAUGCCUAUUAAUGCCAGACUUUGUUCUUACAAAUGUUUCAAUAAAAGACACAAUUUCUAUGGAAUUGCUUCCACCACAGAACCACAGUGA